AUGAGCGGUAACAACGACAACCCCCUCAACCACCCCCCCUUCUUCCACAUCCCAGGCGUAGACCCCGCCGCCCCCAUCUCCGCCCAGACAGAGCGCAUCGACCAGCUCAACACCCUGCUCCUCCAGGACAUCGAUGCCAACUUUGCGCGAUUCCAUCAGAUCAUCACGAGCAAGAUCUUGCCCCAGAUAAAGCGGUAUGCUAUUGCCUCGGAGCCUACCAGGGAGGCUGCUCAGUUCUGGCGAGCAUUCUUUGAAACGGCCUCGGCGGUCCGUCUGUCAAACCAGCAAGGCGACACAUCCCUAAAUUCUCAAAACCAAGACACUUCUACCCAAUACGAUGACCAGACAUUCACCCUCCGCCGCGAGGCCGACGAUUCAUCUGUUCAUCCCAGCACCGAAGAGUCCUUCAUGUUUGAUCCGCCUCCCGGAAUCUCGUCCACGCCCUUACCCGUCGGUCGUAAUGGUCCCGGCGGCAGACCGAAUGAUAGCUGGGAAGACUCCAUGGAGUCCCCGUUCGACAGGCUGGACAGGAAGCUGAGGGACGACCUAAAGAUUGACGAAGGCGAGGGAUACGAACAGUCGAGCAGCGAUAUGCCCACACCAAGCUUGCCGAGCGGCUACAGUCUUCCCAGGCUGGACGGUGACUCUUCCGUGAUGAGUAGUAUCAACGACUACUCUGUCGGAAACAUCGAGCCUUCUCAAGCAACCACCGACUCGUCCGCGUCCUUCUCCCAAACCCACUCCCGCCUCGCUCAAUCCUAUCGAGCAUCCCCCACACCCAAAGCCAACCGCCUAGCCAACCCGCCCUCUGCCGAUUCCAACCCCUUCGGCAAAGACUUUACUGGCGUCGUCGAUCUUCGCUCGACCCCGCUGAAUAUGAAGAAGAAGGGCCAAGGCUGGAAACCUAAAGCCUCCAUCGUCCCGGGUUUGGACGAUUCGGAUUCAGAUUCGGACGAUGGGAUGCCAGCUGGUAUGUCCCCGCCCGUAACCAUGAGUUUCAACCUCCCCCCCCGCGCCCAGGCUGUCAUGAACGCCGCCAGAACCCCAGGCAAAGGCAAAGAGAAGGAAUCAGCGGGCGGGAAGGAGAAGGAGGCCAAGUUUAUCUUGGACGAUUUGUUAGAGGAGAUGAGCCAGGAUAUGUCGCCGAGGUUGGAGACGCCUGAAGCUUUGCGGAGAUACUCGGUCAUGCCGAGUGAUAAUAUUCCGGGACGGCUCUUGUUUUCGGAUAGUUCUAUCCGGCCGGAUGCUAUUGGGGAAGAAGACGAGGAUGAAGAUCAGACUUUCCACGCUGCCCAAUCUUCCCACUCUCAAUCCCAAUCACAAUCCUCCUCCCACCCCCCCGCCCCCACCCAACAAGAACCCUACCCUCCCCCUCCCCCGCACGCCCGCCAUUCCCUAGCAAACUCCUCCUUCGGCUCCAACGCUUCCUUCACCCAAAUCCCCGGCGGACCCGUCGUCUACUCUGAUGCCAACGAAGAAGACUCUUUCGACGAGGGCGAUACCUUUGACGAUGAUGAUUCGGGCGAGAUUUCGUCUUUGCAUGUGCCUUCGACGGGAUCGUCGGCCCAUCCUGGGUUUGGUAUCAAUUACCAACAGCCGGGGGGGUACCAAGUCCCAAGCCUCGGCCAAGGCCAGAAUCAAGAGAUGGUAGACGCAUCAUUCGCCUCCUCCGAAGGCGAUAUGACCAACACAUCCUUAUUCGGCGGGCGGGGCGGUAGAGCCCCAGCGGCGGGAGGGUUUGCGCUGAUGACAAGGGAAGAGAUGGAUACGUAUAGAGGGGGGAGGUUGGAAGAUGCUGCUGGGGAGGAUGUUAUGCUUAGUCCUUUGUAUGCGCCGGGCAGGGAGGGGAGGUAG